GUAAAAUAGAUCUCAACUGUGAGAAGAACAACACAGCCCACAACACCAAUGACAUCUCAGUGAACAGACUGAUAGUCAGGAGAGGCCAGUCCUUCCUGGUCACCUUUGAACUCCAUGACCCCUCCAGGCCCACAACAGACUUACUGGAGCUGACGGUGGAGACAGGGCCCCAGCCUUCAGAGGCAUUGGGGACCAGGUCAGUGUUCGGGCUACCUGAGCGCUGUGGGAAGGGUUCCUCCUGGAAGGUCAAGGUUCACCAGGGCUCAGUGCUCCCGGCGGGUUCAAUCACCCUGGACAUCACCAGCCCAGCAGACGCCCCAGUGGGAGAGUACAGCCUGUCUGUAAAGACCAGCGCCACUGCCUCAGUGGGCAGCAGCCUUGGCAAGCUCCUUCUGCUGUUUAAUCCCUGGUGCCAAGAGGACUGGGUGCAUCUACCUGAGGAGGAGGAGAGGCAGGAGUAUGUGAUGAGAGAACAAGGCCUGGUGUACAAAGGUUCUAACAAAUACAUCAGCUCUAUGGCGUGGAACUUCGGACAGUUUGAAGACGAUAUAGUGGACAUUUGCCUGAAGCUGCUUGACGUGAAUCCCAAGUGUUUGAGUGACCCCGCCAAGGACUUCUCUGCUCGUUGUAACCCCAUCUAUGUCAGUAGGGUGGUCAGUGCCAUGAUCAACGCUAACGAUGACGGAGGUGUCCUGAUGGGGCGGUGGGAUGGUCAAUACCAUGGUGGCAUGUCCCCCACUCACUGGAACGGCAGUGUGGAGGUACUAAGGAGGUGGCUCAAAUAUGGUGGUAAUCCAGUCAAGUAUGGCCAGUGUUGGGUGUUCGCCGCUGUAAUGUGCACAGUACUGAGGUGUUUGGGAAUCCCAUGUCGAGUGGUUACCAACUUCCAGUCAGCCCACGACACCGACAAAAACCUGACAAUUGACGACUUCUUCUCCGACUAUGGAGUCAGACCCAAACAGAGCCCCGACAGUGUAUGGAACUACCAUGUGUGGGUGGAGGCCUGGAUGACACGGCCCGAUUUCUCAGCAGGCUCCUUAUACGACGGCUGGCAGGCUGUGGACCCCACCCCCCAGGAGAAAAGCACUGGUGUUUACUGCUGCGGCCCUGCUCCAGUCAAGGCCAUACUGCAGGGUCACGUUGACCUCAAACACGAUGUGCCCUUUGUCUUCGCCGAAGUCAACGCCGACCGUGUAACAUGGAUGGUGUUCGCUGACGGCUCCAAGAAAAAGAUCUCCACAGACAGUGUGUCCGUUGGUCAGAACAUCAGCACCAAGGCAGUGGGCAGCGACAAGAGAGUGGACAUCACGGCCAACUAUAAACAUGCAGAGGGCACGGAAAAGGAGAGGGAUGUGUACAAUCAAGCUGUGAAAAGAGUCAAUAUACCCGAAGAGAAUUCAAACGGGAUCCAUGACGACAAACCUGGCGUUUCCAUGAAGAUCGUGGAGCUGACCAAGCCGAUCAGCGGCAAAGACAUUGACCUCGAGCUGGUACUGAACAGCAACGACAGUGUGACUCGGACACUAGUGAUCAAUGUCAACGUUCAGGCCAUGAGAUACAACGGGAUCCCAUCCUCCCAGAUACAGACCGAAUUGAAAGAACAGAAGCUCCUUCCCAACCAAGAUCUGAUUAUACCCAUCCACAUCCCCUUCUCUGUGUAUGGUGAGAAAAUGCGGGAGAGCAACAGCAUCAAGGUUUCGGCUGUGGUCACAGACAAGGACAAGAGUGGGGCAGUGUACAUCACAGAGAAAGACCUUGUGCCAGAGAGCCCUUCGCUCACCAUCAAAGCCAUUGGAUCUGAAUUGCAGUAUAGUGACAUGAUGGCAGAGGUUGUGUUUGACAACCCUCUAUCCGAAGGUCUAAGAGACUGCUUCAUAACAGUGACCGGCAGUGGCUUGCUGACUGAAACAAUGGAAGCCAGAAUGCCUUUCCUAAAACAAGGUCAACGACUACGUGUGAAGAUGCCCUUCACUCCAUACAGACCCGGUCCUAAGAAGCUAGUGGCAGGCUUCAAUUGUGAUCAAUUCAGGGACAUUAAAGCAAGCUGCAAUGUGUACAUCAAACCCUUCACCGGUGUUGUCCCCCCACUGCCGUAG